GGAGUCUGACUUUUAUACUCUCGCUAUGUGCUGCCUUCCAGUGACUGCCGUUCCGUACUGUAUGCAACAAAAGCAAGCGGAUGGAAUAAAUCGAAAUUGCCUUGAAAUUCAGGUUUCCAUAACUCACCUUAGAUACGGCGCUGUCUCUCGGAGAAAACGGGAUUGUGUUUCGGGAAGACACAGGCUCUGACACAUGAAAGGAAGAAGCGUCCAGAUUCAUAGUUGUAGUUGCAGUCUGCUUAUCUUUUACACGCAGUCUGAUCUGCACAAGGCAGCAUUUCAGAUCAGAUUUCAGAUUCACUUCAGACCAGCUGGAAGAGCAGAGAGAGCGAGAAAGAGGGCUUCCCCUCUGACUCUGUGUCUUGGAGAACUCCGGAGCGCGAGAGUGCGAACCAGAACGUGGAACCCCCGGACCCGGGUGGGAAGGAAUUUGGUCAAGGAUUCUCUUUUGCGAGAUUGACGCGAAGGUGAGAGCUUAUAAAUAGAUCGGAAGAAAUGGACGAGCAGCCGCGGUUAAUGCACUCUCAUGCGGGAGUAGGGAUGGCAGGGCACCCCGGCCUGUCGCAACACAUGGAAGGCACGGGAGGAACGGAGGGCGAUGGGAGAAAACAGGACAUUGGAGACAUUUUACAGCAAAUAAUGACCAUCACAGAUCAGAGUCUGGACGAAGCUCAAGCCAGGAAACACGCCCUGAAUUGCCACAGGAUGAAGCCUGCUCUCUUCAACGUCUUGUGUGAAAUCAAAGAGAAAACAGUGCUGAGUAUCCGUGGCACCCAGGAGGAGGAGCCUCCAGAUGCCCAGCUCAUGCGAUUGGACAACAUGUUGCUGGCGGAGGGCGUGUCUGGACCGGAGAAGGGGGGUGGUUCUGCAGCGGCUGCGGCUGCAGCUGCAGCCUCAGGAGGCGGGGCAGGAGCGGAUAACUCAGCGGAACACUCGGACUACAGAGCCAAGCUCUCUCAGAUCAGACAGAUCUACCACACAGAACUGGAGAAAUACGAGCAGAUGGUAUCCCAUGGCGGAUGGAGGGGGGAGAGUUACACAGGGAGUCAUGGCAACGGAAACAAGGCUUGUAACGAGUUCACAACCCAUGUGAUGAACCUGCUGAGGGAGCAGAGUCGCACUCGGCCCAUCUCUCCCAAGGAGAUCGAGCGCAUGGUGGGGAUCAUCCACCGCAAGUUCAGCUCCAUCCAGAUGCAGCUCAAACAGAGCACCUGCGAAGCCGUCAUGAUCCUGCGCUCACGCUUCCUCGAUGCCAGACGGAAAAGACGGAACUUCAACAAACAGGCGACAGAGAUCCUGAAUGAGUACUUCUACUCCCACCUGUCUAACCCCUACCCUAGUGAGGAGGCCAAGGAAGAGCUGGCCAAGAAGUGCUCCAUCACAGUUUCACAGGUUUCCAACUGGUUUGGAAACAAAAGAAUCAGAUACAAGAAAAACAUUGGAAAGUUCCAGGAAGAAGCUAAUAUGUAUGCUGCCAAAACUGCAGUCAACGCGACCAACGUAUCCUCACAUGGAAGCCAGGCUAAUUCGCCCUCCACCCCAAAUUCUGCAGGUUCUGCUGGCUCUUUUAACAUGUCAAACUCUGGCGACUUGUUCAUGAGCGUGCAGUCUCUCAAUGGGGACUCGUACCAAGGUGCUCAGGUUGGAGCCAACGUGCAGUCACAGGUGGAUACCCUUCGCCAUGUUAUCAGUCAGACAGGCGGAUACAGUGAGGGCCUCACAGCCAGCCAGAUGUACAGUCAACAGAGCAUCAAUGCAAACGGAGGCUGGCAGGAUGCAACCACCCCCUCAUCAGUGACAUCACCCACAGAAGGACCUGGAAGUGUUCACUCUGACACGUCCAACUGAUCCCUCCACCCUCCACCACCAUCCAGACACCCCCGACCUCCACCUUCGAUCAGCCAGCCCCCAGUCAGCUCCCCUUCAGAACGGGAGGUAUCACUAGACUGGUCACAGAGCAAGAGACCUCUCUCUACAGGUGGGGACUACAGGAUGAAACGCCAUCAUCACCACCACAGACAGUUCUUCGUGUCUUAUGUCCCGUCUCUACAACCAACUAUGACACAGUCAGUCAGUAGCCUGAGUAGGGCUCUGUUCUCCCAUUUAUCUACGACCUCAUUCACUGUCUGUCUGUACAGUUUUCUUCACCAGAUAUCCAUGUUGCCUCUGUGUGAUCUGACUCAUAACACAGUAGGCAAAUACUUACAACACGUAUACACAGUAUUGCCCGUAUCUUGUAGAUUGAAAUGCUUUUCUCACUACCUCUAUUGAAAAUAACAACAAAACAACAACUUCUAAAAAAGCAUAGUUUUUUUUUCUUUGUAAUAACUGACAUUGACAGUAGCUCCCAAUCUCCCUUGUCCUGUCUCAAGGCUUGUUUUGAGGACAGUUUUGCCUUUGUGACUAGUUUUACCCUAUAUAAUUACUUAAUUCCCAACAUUUGUUUUGUCCAUAGUGCCAAAGUUCAACACAGGAGGGGAAUUUUUAUAAUAUGACAUUGUGCUUGUGGAAAAAUACAUAUCCAUCUGACUAUUCACAUCACACACCGUAGCUUAAUAACAUUUCUUGUUAGUAGCUAACAAUGGGAUGAUUUGAAAGGAGAACCUUGAGAUUCAAAUGCUCCUCCUCGUUUUAGGCAUUCUGUUUCAGCUUCUACAAUGGUCAAUAAAACAUGACACAUUUUUAGUGCAACAAUGGCGUGUGUUCUGUUCAUACUGAAUGAGUGGUCAACAAUGCAUAAGCAAAACACAAAAGAGUAACGGUAUACUCCAGAAUUAAUGGAAGGGAUGGUUUGGAAGGUUAUAAAGAAAUGGAUCAUGGUGAUUCUAGCUUCAUGGUGAUUCUAGCUUCAUGGUGAUUCCAGCUUCAUGGUGAUUCCAGCUUCAUGGUGAUUCCAGAUACAUUUUUUAAACUGAUACUCAGUCCACACUACAGACAGAGCAAGAAGCUUAUAGCUUCAUGGUGAUUCUAGCUUCAUGGUGAUUCUAACUUCAUGGUGAUUCUAACUUCAUGGUGAUUCUAUCUACUGGAAUUCUAAUGCAUUUCCUGCACAUAUUGUUUGUAGUGUGGACUGAGUAUCAGUUUAAAAAAUGUAUCCGGAACACUUAAUCAGUGAGUACAUUAGCAUCAAUUAAAAUAAGCCAAUAUAAUGUCUUUAAGCACAGUCACUUCCAGUGAUUACCCUAUGAAGGGUAACAUAUGUAUUUGUCAAAGAGAAGAACACAGUACAGAGAACACACAUUCAUAAUAUGCUUGUAUCAUUUUCAUAUUUUGAACAUACGGUGUGUGUACAUACACAUACAUACAUACUUACACACACACACACACACACACACACACACACACACACACACACACACACACACACACACACACACACACACACACACACACACACACACACACACACACACACACACACACAUACAUACAUACAUACAUACAUACAUACAUACAUACAUACAUACAUACAUACAUACAUACACUACCAUUAUCACUGUACAUCAGUGUUGUCAAAAUAGCCAAAUACUGCUGGUAACCAAAACCACUUGUGUAAGGGCAAAAAAGGCAUUUUAAUGUAAAUGUUCAUUCUGAUGUUGUGUAACCAGGUGGUAGUCAUGGAAUACACAACUAAACACAAUUCUGAAAUCUUUUUCAAAGUUACUCUUUUCCCUCAUAAUUUCAUGUUAUUGGUGCUAAUUUGUUUCAUUUUCCCCCCAUUUGUUUUUCAAUCGUUUAUUUCUGUCCAUUAAUUAUUGUCACUGAGUUUGAACAUCCGUCAUAUCAUUCUGUUUUUACAUUUUGGUUAUCAAGGUUGGUCUCUACUCACUCUUAUAUUACAGCUUUCUCCUAGCAUUUGACUUGAGUCUAAAUUACGCAAAAAAAUCCAAAAUGUGAUAUUAGAUUUAUUCAUUUUGUUGUAGCUACAGUUUUUGCUUACACACAAUUACACAUUGCCUUCUUGUGCAAUUCAACAUAUCCACCCUACCAUUCCCUUGAUACCAAAAAAUAACUGCAGCAGCUUCAGCUCUAUAGAUUGGAUUCAGCUUAACCAAUUUAGCUUUGUUUGUUUUGUAUAAUGGUGUAUUAUCUGAAGUAUUCAUCUCAUAGAAAUGUUCAGGUACUCUCUCUGUACUACAAAACCAAAAAUACACUAGUGUUUGUUUAUAGAUAUGACAUGGAAAAGACUAACCCUGAUAGCACACAGACAGAUACAGAAGAUGUUGGGAUAUAUUUUUAUGUCCUCAUGUUGUGAAUAACUUGCAUCAUAAUUUUUUUCUUUAUCGUUUUGCUUUUAUUUUGUGUGGUUACAGGAUUUACAGUACGUUACAUUUUAUUUUCUUGCUAGCAUAAUGUGAAUUUGCUAAAGAUUGCUCUAUAGAGUAUAAGUAGAUGUGGACAGUAUCCAUUUUAAAACAAAGCAGCUACAGUAGGCCGUCAUUGUAAAUAAGAAUUUGUUCUUUACUGACUUGCCUAGUUAAAUAAAGGUUAAAUUAAAUGAAAAAGUCAUGUUUGACAGACACAGACAGAUAGUAGGAAAGAGUUCCUCUCACAUUACAGAUAUAAUCCACACACAGUUCAUUUUGUACUUUCAAUCUAAAGCAUUGACAAACAAGCUUGCUUUUAAGAUACACACAAGCUUGCUUCUAAAAUGUUUACUGUCUGUUAAUUAAGGGUGAUGUGAAAGGUUAGUGUCCAACCAAAUCCGUAUACCAUGGUAACAGAUAUACAUUAUACAAUGUAACUACAAUACCACACAGCUGAAUCCACCAUAGUCCUUCUUUCAGAAACAGUACAUUUUAUAUUUGAUAUCAUUUUUGAAGACGUGGAUGUGUACUAUGAGUGAAGCAGAAUAUUUUUUCAGUUGACAGACAACAUGUGUGCCCUAUGAGUGGACUAUGUUGGAGUGGUGUUCCCUGGCCUUUCCAUCCAGAUGUUUGUUUUUAGUUGUUGAUCAUUUUAGCCAUGUGGCCAAGCAGAACAAUAGCUUUUGUGAUGCAGUGCCCCUAAAAAAAACGUUACUCUACUUUUCACAUUGCCUGUCCAAUAUCACCGUAUUAUUGAAAGCGUCAUGUAAUGAUGCUUUAAGUUUUUGAAUAUAAAAGGAAAAAAUUACUAUAAAAAGAAGUAAGAAACUGUAAAAUUUGUCAACAUAAAACGUUUUCUUUGUUGCAUGUAUUUUGUUCUUUAAUAAAAUACCGUACUGCAGUGUUUUUGAAUGUUACUUAUUUUUUUAUAAAGAUUUCAGAGUGAAAUCGUGGAGCCUUUUACUUGACAGGUUUGAACUUUUAAGAUCUCUACAAAUGUAAAGAAGGUAUAAAAAUGGAAACCGCAAAACUAUUGUCUUUUUAAUUCCUAUUUAAACCCGUUUUUCUGUGGAGAAAAAAAUAGCUAACAAGGUGUAGUUUUUAUGGUCUCUUUCUUUGUACUAGUAAUGCAUAUUCCAAAUAAAUUGUUUCUUUUGCUGCA